AUGAAAAAUUGUUUAAAAUAGUUAAAAGCUCACAUUUUCAAAUCCAUAAAAAAAAAAAUUUUUUCUCAAAGGCAUUAGCGCGGCUAUAAAGCGCGCAUACCCAAGCAAAGAACGACGCAAGCAAAAAGUGCAAGAGGCGAAGACGGAGGAGGGAAAACAAAAGGUCGGCCGGACUACACGUGACGGCACAGCUGAUGGUUUUAUUGUGUCUGAUAACAGAGGAUGUAGAUCGUCCGCUAAUAAAAAAAAAAAAUUGCACAGAACAACGAGCCUACUCGACUCUUGUAAGUUAUUAAAACAGCGUGAAACUCUAGCGAUGAAUCUCUUUUAUUAUUACCGAUUUCUCUCAAUUGUAUCGUGCAAUUGAUUUGUUUUUUAUCGGCCGUUGAGUGAAGUGGACAAAGAAAGUACAUCCUCGUUUUGGCACUCGUGCGAUUCUUUCAAGUUCAAGAAUAUAAUAUAGGCUCGAUAAUUUCGCGAGAUAUAGAGAUAAAGAAUGUACAGUUAACUCUGGUCGCCACGACAUAAUAUUAAUGAUCGGUCGUUGACUUAUAAAAAAAAAAAAAAAAACAGAUUCAGCUGAGUGAAAAAAAAAUGUAUUCUAAAAUUUUCUGUAUCACAGUUGUAUUACGUGGGGAUUAAAUUUAAACAGGUGAAUGUUUGAUGACAAAACUUGUUUUUGCUCUCAAAUCAAUAGAGUUGCAACAAAAUGAUGUACAGAUAAGAUUUACCUGUAUAUGAUGCACACAGAGAGAGAUUAGGAUGAAAAAAAAAAAAAAAAAGAUAAGAGCCGCAUGUAAAGAGAGGAAAGAAGAGCCGUCGCGCACACACAUUAAUGUACCGUUGCGGCUCUUCUCCCCGUAUAUGUGUAAAAAAAAAUACACCCAUAGGUCGUCUCUUUCCCUCUCUUUAGCGCUUCUUCUUCUUCUUCUUCCAAACCAGUUCCGCUCCUCCUCGUCCGAUGUGUGUGCACUCGCACAGAGUUCGCGAAGACGCACCAGCGCAGAUCAGCACUCUACUGCCACGCUGCCAGUUUCGUCUAACGUGGAGAUCACUCGCGACCGGCUUUUUUUCUUUCUCUGGGAUUGUUUGUUUAUUGAUCGAAGAGACCGGUUUUUCCCACACGCAAGGCGAUCAUUCAACUUAAGGACAAACUGCAUAGUACUCGGCCGAGAUGGGCUACUUGAAGUCGGUGGGCACGAGCAUCAUUUGGAUCUACACGGCCCUUGUCGUCAUCACCUUUUGGCCUGGACUACGUCCAUAUGGGGAUUUUAAGGAACACGAGUACAUCGAGCCAAAGGCACUGAGCGGCAAUUUAGGGAUCAACCAGAGACUCGACGGCGUGGAAAAGCUGUUCGAAGGCCGGGUUCGCGGCCCCGAAGCUUUCGCCCUCCACAAAGGCGAGGUUUACGCCUCCCUGCUAACCGGCGAGAUUGUCAAGAUAACCAAGGACAAGAAGCUCGAGACCGUCUUCAAAAUCAGCGAGCACGACCCAGAGACAAAAACAUACCGCAACGGCAGACCACUCGGCCUGCAGUUCGACAAGGCAGGCUUCCUGUACGCGGCGGAUCUCUUCUUCGGUAUCUUCAAGAUAGAUCUCACCACCAAAAACGCCGAACUGAUCGUCGACACGAGGAACAGCAACAUCGAGGGUAAACGCGCGGUCGCCAACGACCUCGCGAUCGCGAGCAACGGCGACAUCUACUGGUCCGACAGCUGCGCUGGUUUCGAGUUCGACGGCACCUUCGUGCCCAUUGUACUGCUAAAUCCGCGCGGCAGGUUGAUAAGGUACAGCCCAGAGACAGGUCGCAACGAGGUGCUGGUGCGCAACCUGGGGGUGGCCAACGGGGUCGCUCUGGCGAAAGACGAGAGCUUCGUGCUGGUGGCCGAGUGUCAACUCGCCCGCAUCGUCAAGUAUCACUUGAAGGGGGCGAAAGCCGGUCGGCACGAGGUGUUCGCCGAGGCACUGCCGGGUUUCCCUGACAACAUAACCCCCGACGGUGGCGAGGGCUUCCUGGUGGCUCUGCCCAUGUACACCGACGCGGUCAACUGGUCGUACCUCACCCUGCUGGGCCGGCACUUUUACGUCCGUAAGUGCCUCGUCCGGCUGAUCUACGUGCUCCGGGCGCCCUUCGAGUACUUCCACAUGCUCUACCCGGCUUACGAUCCGGCGCCCAUGGUGCAGGCCGUCAACGGGUUCUUCAAUGGGUUCAUGGUAGGGGAGACCGCUGCGGUGCUCAGGUUGGACGCGAACGGUAAAGUUACCGACGCGGCGUACGAUACGAGCGGGCGCAUGCCGGGACUGAGCGCGGCCCACGUUUUUGGGAACGAGCUCUGGCUCGGAUCGUACAUGGCUCAGCACAUAGGCAAGAUACCCUUGAAACAGGCCCUACCGACUCUGGGGCGCUGAUCUGGUGCAAGGGCUUUGGUUACUUUUUUU